CAGCUCUUUAACCGGUCCUGCGGCGCCAGGAGCAUUCGCAUGCGCAGUGAGAAUCGAACGAUGACAUCAUCUCAUGUUGAACACGCCAGACCGCUAGAGGGAGCCUGCUUUUGGGGAGCGUCUUUGGCACACAACAAGAACCAUAUUAUGUGUUUUUGUUCAGUUUUGUUUCAAAGUUAAUUGAUUUACGUAUUAAACCAUGGAUUUGAUGAGACAGUAGAGGGCGCUGAACACUUGCUCGGUUGGCUUGCAACAGCUCAUUGAUUUCACCGAAGAAGUAAACACGGAAGAAUCGGCAAGUCGUCGAGGCACGUAUGUGAUGAUGGUGUUGAAGGAGAUUCCAGCAGACAAUAUCACCCGCCCCUUGGGUCGCAAUGAGGUUAUCGGUUUACUCUUCCGCCUCACGAUAUUCGGUGCCGUCACCUACUUCACAAUUAAGUGGAUGGUGGAUGCGAUCGAUCCGACAAGAAAACAGAAAGUUGAAGCACAGAAGCAGGCAGAGAAACUCAUGAAACAGAUUGGAGUACAGAAUGUCAAGUUGUCUGAGUAUGAGAUGAGUAUUGCAGCCCAUCUGGUGGACCCGUUAAGUAUGCAAAUUACCUGGAGCGAUAUAGCUGGCCUAGAUGACGUUAUAACCGAGUUGAAGGAGUCAGUCAUUCUUCCCAUUCAGAAACGGCAUCUGUUUGAAGGGUCAAAGCUGCUUCAGCCACCCAAAGGAGUGCUACUCUACGGGCCCCCUGGCUGUGGAAAGACUCUGAUAGCCAAAGCCACAGCCAAGGAGGCAGGUUUCCGGUUUAUCAACUUGCAGCCGUCCACUCUGACCGAUAAAUGGUACGGCGAGUCCCAGAAACUGGCUGCGGCUGUCUUCUCCCUGGCCAUCAAGCUCCAGCCCUCUAUCAUCUUUAUUGAUGAAAUUGACUCCUUUUUAAGAAACCGCUCCAGCUCAGACCAUGAGGCUACUGCUAUGAUGAAGGCUCAGUUUAUGAGCUUAUGGGAUGGACUAGACACCGAUUACAAAUGCCAGGUUAUUAUUAUGGGUGCUACCAACCGUCCUCAGGAUCUCGACUCGGCUAUACUACGCAGAAUGCCCACUAGGUUCCACAUUAAUCAGCCCAAUAGCAGGCAGAGGGAGCUGAUACUGAAGCUCAUCCUGCACAAUGAGAAUGUUGGUGCUGGCGUAGACCUGCGUGAAAUAGCGAAAAAUACCGAUGGCUUCUCAGGAAGUGACCUCAGAGAGAUGUGUCGGGAUGCAGCUCUGCUAUGUGUGCGGGACUUUGUGCACGCUGAGGACGGUUCAGAGGAUGACUACAUUCGACCCAUCCAGCAGGCCGACCUCCAAAAAGGCAUUGAAAAGAUGAAAAGGUCAAAAUCCGCAGGAACACCAUGUAUGCUGCAAGAUACAGGUCUGGACUGAGUCUUAUACUACUGACCAGGGGUGAACUCUGUCCCCAGAAGUUUGGGGUCAUGAAAACUUUUGUAAAUGUAAUGUUUCUCAUAUAAUAUCGUUUGCGUAAGAAGGUGCUCUAAAAAAAUGGAUAUUUGAUCUAUCAAUUCUCUAUUUACAACAUGGCUUUUUUUUUUUUGCUUUGGUUUUGCCACAUCAUGCUAUAUGCUUUUCAUUAGGUUUGCUAAGCACUUGCUGCAUGGAAUGUCAAGAGAAUAUUUAUUAAGUUGUACAGAAAUUGCCUGUAUAUAUAACAUACCUAGGCCAUAAUUAAUUUAAGACCGUAAAUAUCAGAUAAGGAAGAGAAUAAAUUUUCUUUGUAUUUUUUGUUCCUGAUUUACUUAAUGAAAUAGGUUUACAGAAACAGCUGAUAUGAGCGUACACACCCCUGUUAAAUUCGGAUUUAUUAUUAUUUUUUGUGAUCUAAAUAAAUGAAACUGAGAGAAGUUAUUCUCUGACACUGAGUGUCAGUAUUUUUCCCUCCAAAAAUGUUAUACAGUAGCAACCACAUAUCUUGGAUUUGUGCUUUGGGUCAUUAUUUUGCUGGAAGUCGAAACAUUUCAUCAUCUUCUGCUAGACAAAAUAAGCUUGCAGGUGUUUAUACCAGAAUCAGGUUGUUAAUCAGAUUGAAUUUUUCCGUGAGAAUAAACAUACCAGACUUGUAAAGAAAAUGAGAACUUGUUAGAAAAAUGCAGGCAGUAAUUAAUACUUCCCAAAUAUCACUGAAGCUGUUUUAUAUGGAUCAGAUCGGGAGUGACAUCAUGCCCUUUGUAAUGCCACUGCUGUGGCCCAUUUUCUCAUUUUUGAUCACCAUAGCUUUCAUGGUGUCCUGUAGCACAUUAAUACACUGAUUGAUCUAUUUUCACUACAAGACACUGUACAAGUUUGUAAGCUUUUUGUAUACAUGGCGUUGUAUACCUGUAGGCAUGUCAGAUGACAUUCAUAUUAAACUUGUGUUAAGAAAAUCUUGAAGAAAUAACAGAUCUUUAUUCAGGGUUAAUCUCAGUUUACUGAAUGUGAUUGGUUAUCUCUGAGCACACCCACAUGCACCGUUGUAAAAGGGUGUGCACAGUUGUGCAACCAGGUUUUUGAAAGUCGUUUUUUUUUUUCUUUUGAAAUUCUUUUUUUUUAAUGAUGUUUAUGAUUUAUAUGUUGCUAUAUCAUUUAAAGUGGGAAAAAUGGUUUAAGAUUUGUUUUUUUGUUUUGUUUCACAAAAAAACCUGCCAUUUUAACAGGAGUGUGUAAACCUUUUACAAGAUUUCCACUGUAGAAUGCUCUUUGGACUGAAAUAAAAAAAACAUGUUGUUGAGCAGUGUACAGAGACAAGCUGUUGUGGUGUGUAAUGUGGUAUUUACCAUAGCAAUAAAAUAAGGUGUUCAGAUUGUCGGUUAUUUUAAUAUUAUAUAUAUUGUUUUCAAUUUUUUUAUGUUACCUAAGCCAUCCUAUGAAAACUGUUCCGAUGUCUUCUGUAUUAGUGUGUGUGUGAAUUCUGAAAAGAUUUUCUGCACAAAGUAAAAAAAGUAGAAUGAACAUUAACGUAAGAAUUCCAAGCGAUGAACAUGACUUGUUUGCUCAGUAUGUAUAUGAUGCUUAGUAAACCAUGUAUAUCAGCCUUUUCAA